CUUAUUUCUCUUUCAUGCCCACAAACUCUUUACUAUCACAACAAGCUCUCAUUUUUUGAAGAAGCACUUUUGGUGAGAUGGAGGGAACUUCUCUCUCUAACACUAGGGUGCUGCUUCUUGUCCUAGCCAUGCUAACCAUGUUAAGUACUGUGGCAAUGGCUAGGUCCAAAAAAACACACACCCAACAAGUCCCUUGCUUCUUCAUUUUUGGUGAUUCUUUGGUGGAUAAUGGGAACAACAAUCACAUCCUAACCCUUGCUAGGGCCAAUUACUUGCCCUAUGGGAUUGAUUUCCCUCUGGGUGUGUCAGGAAGGUUCACCAAUGGCCGGACGGUCGUCGAUAUCAUAGCACAACUACUAGGGUUUCGAGAGUUCAUUCCGCCAUACGCGAUGGCGCGAAGAAAACAAGUAGUUCGAGGCUUGAAUUUCGCGUCGGGGGCGUCGGGAAUCAGAGGAGAAACUGGGUCCAACUUGGGACUACACUACCCUCUGUAUAAACAAGUAGAACAUUUUCGCGGCGCGGUGGAGAUAAUGAAGAGCAUAUUCAAGGGGAACACUACUAAGCUUGCCACUCAUCUAAGCAAAUGCAUCUACUAUUCAGGGAUGGGGAGUAAUGACUACUUGAACAACUAUUUCAUGCCAUUCUUUUACCCAACCAGCUAUUUUUACAACCCUGAAGUUUUCGCGGAGCUUCUCCUUCAAGACUACUCGCAACAACUUAGAGAGUUGUACGAUUUGGGUGCUCGUAAAGUGGCGGUCUUCAGCGUCGGACGAAUCGGCUGCAUACCUUACGAGCUAGCUCGAUACAACAACCGAAACUACGACGGCAACGGAGAUCGUUGCAACGAGGAGAUCAACGAGGCCAUCAGCAUUUUCAACGCGGGCCUCGUUCGUAUGGUUACUGAAUUCAACGCCGCACUCCACGGCGCUAAGUUCGUCUAUGUCAAUACCUACGAUAGUUUGAAGGAUCUUACGACGAACGCAGUCUCUUACGGGUUCAGCGUGAUCAACCGAGGGUGUUGCGGCGUUGGGCGGAACAACGGGCAAAUAACGUGCCUGCCGCUUCAAAAUCCGUGCGGCGAUCGAUCGAAGUACUUGUUUUGGGAUGCAUUCCACCCCACAGAAGCUGGAAAUCUUAUCUAUGCCAUGAAAGCAUACAAUUCGACUUCGACCGCCGACGUGUAUCCGAUGAACCUACGACAACUCGCAGCAGCGUGAGGAAUCGACGUCAAAACUACACUCGAGUUUCACGAGCUCGAUUUUAAAUUUGUCCGCCAAAUUUUGAUUCAUACUCAAUAGUUAUCAUCAUAAGUUUACAUGAAGCUUUUAGUUGUGCUUUAUAGUUCAAAAGUACUUGUAGAGUCCGAAAACGAAAUACUUGUUUCGAGUGUUUGGUAAUUUUUACAGAAUAGAUUUUGGCUUAGUUUGGUUAACGCUAUUAGAUAUAAUAGAGUUGGGGUAAAAGUAUGUAGGGAAACGCUUCUGCAUUUUUCUUUGACACCAGUUUUUAAUCCAGCACUCGCUUUAGUCUCUGUUGUGGUAACGAAAGUGAUUUUCGGAGAGUCAGACUAGUGGUGGAACUGCAGAAAAUAUAUUGUAAA